AUGGCUUUGGAUGACCAAAGGUUCAAAGACCAUUGCCUCAUCGUCGUGGGCGCUGGCGGCAAGGCCGAUGAAGUGCUUUGUCAACGACGACUCCAAGCUGGUGGACGUCUGGCACACUUCUUGAUGCGCUGUCCAGAGGAUCCACGAGUGACCUUUUCGAUCACGGACGAUGGCUUGCAACAUGACUUCUUCACAUGGCAGCCGCCCAAGGGCACCAUGGGAAUCUCCAGCUUUGCAGCGAAGUUGCAGGCAAAACCUCGGACCUUUUGGACCAAAAAUGGGCCUGAUGGUAUUGAGUUGGGAGAAACGCAUUGCUUGACGGUUCGCUAUGGCACCACGGGCACGCCUCGACAUGUCACGGUGACAGAUGAGAAGGGCAACAUUUUGGUGGAGAUGUCCGGGCAGGUGGUGGUGGAUCCAGACAUGUACACGGCGGAGACCCUCCAGGUUGACGUCCACAACACUGAACUGAAUGCUUUUGGAAGCUUCUCAUGGCGUUUUGUAACACUUGCGGUGAUCUUCCAGCUUCUGUGGCAGAUUGGCAAGAUCUCCUUAUCCAUCAACUUUGAGAUGGCUGCGACUUCAGGUCGGGUGCCAUGGUUCCGCAAUUUGUUGGCCGCAUUGAACUGGUGCUUGACCGGAAACAUCAUUUGCAUUGAGAUGACGGCCUUUGCAUUAACAGGGACCCGGGCCACCAUCAACACCCACGCUGUGGGGAAUGUGGCUGCGACCCUUGCGAUCAUGGCGGUGGCUCCUUUGCAACUCAGCGAGUUCGUGCUGUGCGUUGUAGGAGUGACAGCCAUGAUUUUGGUAGCACCCUUGGUCCACUACUACAACACCAUUGGCGUGCAUGAAAACCGACGCUUUCUCCCACACUUGCUCUGGACAAUUGCGCAGCUUUCUGGAACUGUGGGAUGCUUCGUGUUGUUUGGACUGAUUGCGCAAUCGUAUGCCACGUUACUGGCAGCGGGUCAAUCUGUAGCAGCCACCCUCUUCUUACCCUUCGGGACAGCCUUCGCGGAGACCGGAAUGGUAGUCUUCACCCGUCUCAUGUACAACCGCUUGGUGCACUCCAACAAGCUCGACCCAGAAACCGCGCCCUUGGUGGGUGACCAGCUCUUCAUUCCGGCACCAUGUUUGAUCAUGUCCGCCCAUGCCUUCGCCGAAGGAUGCCGUUUGACCGCCACGUUUUCUGGGGUCAUCAGUGGGGGUGGCUGGGGAUGGAUUUCGACCUCCCUCCUUAGUGUUGCGUUGAACCUCUCCGCACGACUGGGGUGGACACGCUUCAUGUUGCUCCAGCUAGGCAAGAAGAUUUGCAAUGGUCCCAAAGCCAUGGCCCUUUUUGGGCCUACGGGCUGGAGUAAAUACCAUGAUGAGUUGAAAAUCUAUGCAGGGUACUUUCGUUUUGUAUCUGUCAUAGCUCUGUGCGUGGCCAGACUCAUUUCAUAUGGUGUUUUUGAAGUGGAAGGUUCAAAGGCCCCGGCCUUCAACUUGUCAGCCCUGAUGGUCAUCAUCUGCCUUCUGGCCGCGGAAUUCGUCGAAGAUCAGGUUGUGACCAACGAGUUGUUGCCAGUGAAUCCUGCAGGCCCGGGGCUGCUGAAGAUGAAUGCCAAUGGAGACAAUGCUGAUCCAGCCCAGCUGAUCACAUUGGAACAUCUGCACAAUGUUCAGCAAGGGGACCCUUGGAGAAUGUAG